AUGCCUUAAUGGUGGCUUUUGGAACGGGUCUGAGUGCGAAUGUUCUGAUGGAUUCUAUGGGGAAUCCUGCCAAUUCCCGAUAUGCCAAAAUGGGGGCACCUGGAGCAAUGGAUUCUGCUUCUGCCCUGAGAACUUCCAGGGAAGCGAGUGCCAGGAGGCCAAGGACAGCAUCGAGGUCAAGGAUGUGCUGCUGGAUGCCGCGGUGGGGAUGAAGACCAAGAUUGAUAACCGGGAAUUCACGACUGAGCUCCAGGACAAAUCCUCGCCAGCUUUCCAGGAUUUUGAGAAGGAGUUCAAGGAGCAGAUGAGAGACCUCUACAAGAAUAUCGAGGGCUAUCAAGAUGUGGUGAUCCUUGAACUGACCCAGGGCAGCAUCGUGGUGAACUACACAGUGCUCCUGAAGGUCCCUGCAAGCACCAAGGCCAAUGAAACACUGAAGACCAUCUCCAAUGACCUCAUCAUCGCCAUCACCAACUCCACCACCUGCAAUGAGAACUGUGAACAACCCAACUGCUCUUUCUGCUUCAAUGCUGUGUUCACCAACAUCACCAGCUACAAGGUGGAAGAGGUUGAGAAGAGUGUCUGUGAAAGCCUCAAUCUGAACAACUUCAGUUCCUUUUAUUCCCCACUCCUCACGGCCACCGGCGUCAUCUGCAUCACCAGAUGUGACCAGCGAACAACAGACCCCCUCCCCUGCAUCUUUGGCACUUGCAAGGUGCUCAAAGAAGGACCAGAGUGCAUGUGCUCGGACAAGGCAGCAUUUUGGUACCAGGACAAGGCCUGCAGCUCACGGAUCAGCAAGGUUGGGGUGGCCAUAGGGGUCCCAGUGACCGGGCUGGUGUUGGCCAUCGGCAUCUUCACCAUCUUCCUGGUGCGGGCGAGGAGGCAGAAGGAGAUGUACAGGGAUAAGUUGACGUCCAUCUCGGAGCUCUACUGCAGCAUCGAAGAGAGCUGGAGCAGCCCCCAGGGCUUUGCCACCAACAAUCAAGGAUACAUGCUGGAAGACCUGGAGACCCCCAGCGCCACCCAGAUUUACCUGGAGAAGAUGGAUACCUCUCAGAAGAUCCACAUACAGAAGCCAUCCCAGAUCAUCAUCCCUUGA